AUGUCGGAUAAUGUCUUGUUGGAUUACAUGGCAAUAUGUGUAAUCAGACCUGUCCAGCCAACUGUAAAAACACCACAUGUUCCCAGGACAACGGUUUCUGUACUACAGGAUGUGAUUCAGGAUACCAUGGCACCAUGUGUCAACAACCGUGUCCAAUCAAUUGCAAAGACAAUAUGUGCACCAAGGAUACUAGUAUCUGUGAAGAAUGUGUUGGUGGGUUCCAUGGUAAUAUGUGUAAUCAGACCUGUCCAGCCAACUGUAAAUACAACACAUGUUCCCAGGACAACGGUUUCUGUACUACAGGUAUAUCAUAAUAUUGAUUAA